AUUCCAAGAUAUGCUCUACGACCUUGUUCCGAUGUCCCAGUCGCAGAUCGGAUGCCUGCUGAGAUGCGUCAACGCCAUUCUCACGCGUUUGAUCACUUUAGUGGAUCAGGUUUGCGUGCUACGCGCAACUCGGCAAUCAUCCUCAGGCACCUUUCUGCUCCUGAACUCGACGGGAGUCAUACGAUUCCUCUUUACGUAGCUGCAGAGGCACGAGUGGUGUUUAUUACGAUCAAGUAUGUCCUGGACUUUUCAUAUUAUCAGGAUGGACGUCGACGCGUUCCUCCAACCGUCAAUCCGGGGGAAGGCAUCUUUACCGGUCCAGUCACGGCUGCUCUCGGCACCGCAACUUCAGGCACACGUCAAAUUGAGCCUGUCACGGAAGGACAGUCAUUUCCGCCCAGUCAGCUAAGCUAUUCUGACGAUAGCGAUGGUGAGGCGAUUUGGGGGCAAGCACCCACCUCGGUAUCCGUGCAACCUGCUCGUAAGCGUGAGCUUUUCGCUACUAAACCUGUGGCUGAGGACGUGGAAUCUCUUAAGCGACUACGCGUUUCAUAUUCAGGUAAAACCUCGAUGUUACCAGUAUUGAUCAAUGGUUCAACGUCAACGAAGGCACAGUAUAACCCGUCCGCUCUUCAACGCGUCAUUCACAGUCAGAUAGUUACCGGUACGUACGCUGCUCUGGAGCCUCAAUUGUUACUUGAGACUCUGCAGGUCCAGCACGAUUCAUACGCGUUCUUGCCACACCCUACCAUCCUUCGCGCUAUCUACAGCUGGGACUUAGGUCUUCGUGGUCUUUCCGUCCUGCAUUUCGCCCCAAUCGUUGUUGGAAGCAAGCAGAAAAACGCUCCUGCACCUCUCAAUUGCAUGGUCUCCCAUGUGUUUCGUCCUCUUCGCGAUUUCGCACCAAGUUACUUCGAUGAUAUCUUCGUCCACAGUCGCGCUGAAGGCAACGUCUUCUCGCUAGAAGUCCAUCUGCGGCACUUGAAGCAGGUCUUCCAAGUGAUGCGGGAGAUCCAGCUCUACGCGAAUUUGAAGAAGUGUGUCUUCUGUGCUACUGAGAUCCCGGUGUUGGGCUGCUAUAUGAGCAAGAACGGAGUCCGUGUGGAUCCUGAGAAAAUUGCGUCGGUCUGUUCUUGGCCAACUCCGACGAACCCCACUGAGCUACGACAGUGGCUGGGCAUGGCGAACUACCUCCACAAGUACACGAAAAACUACCCCAAGCUCAUCCAGCUGUUGCCGACCUUGUUGAAGAAAGACACGCCGUGGGUAUGGGAACCCGAACACCGAGAUGCCUUUGACGCGGUGAAGAAGAGCCUGUCGUGCGCACCUGUGUUGAUGCUGGCGGACGAAUCGCAGCCACUCCACGUCGUGUGCCAUGCGAGCAACUUCGUCAUCGGGAGCGCCCUGAUGCAAUUCGAUGACGAGGGUCGAGAACGAGUGAUUAGCUACCAGUCCCGCCAGUUGAAUCCGGUGGAGAGGAAUUAUCCCGGACACGACAAGGAGCUCCCCUCCAUACGCUACACGCUGAUUAAGUUCAGAGUCUAUCUGCUUGGAGAGCAGACGUUCGCCGUUUACACUGAUCACGCAUCGGUGCGAACCGCGAUGAAGUUCCCCCACUUGUCCCAACGCAUGGCCCGCUGGUUAUCGUUCUUCUCCGAGUACAGCUUCAUGGUGAAUUACAAGCCUAGCAAGAACAACAUUCUCGCCGACGGACUACCUCGGCGUCCGGACUAUGACUCGCACGAAGGUCUUGGACGUCAGGCCGUUGUCGAAGAUGAAGAAGAGGACUCAUGCGCGUCCGGACUGAACCCGACGAGCGUCACCUCCGAGUUGUCGCUGCGAGAAGAGAUUUCCGCCGCGUACGAAUACAACGAGCAAUAUGCCGGUAUCCUGACGCACCCUCGCUCGCCCAGCGAUGCGUCAUUGAAAGCUCUGUCACGCUCGACUCGCAGUCAUAUCGAGCGGUAUCCCCUUGACAGAUCCUUGUUGACGUAUACCAUCGACCGAUUCAAUGCUCCUCGAGUGGUAGUGUCAAAUGACAAAGAUCUUCGCGCACGGAUCAUUCACGGAUGGCAUUUGGGGCGCGAAAAGACUUCCGCCGCGGUGUCGAGAGACUUCUACUGGCCUCACCAGUAUAAAUGGGUGCGCAAGCGGGUGCGCACCUGCAAAAUGUUGGGCUUCGUGGACAGGUUCAGCAAGAUGGUUCACUUCGUACCUGUGUCUGUUGAGGUCACCGCGGAGGAGUCCGCGGUGCAUUUCGUCGACGAUCUCUUCCGCCACCACGGUCUUCCCGAGUCAAUUAUCUUUGAUCGCGAUCCGCGGUUCACAGCCGCUUUUUGGUCGAAGCACUUCGAAUUAUUGGGCACGAAUCUGAUGAUGUCGACCGCGGGACAUCCGGAGACAGAUGGGCAAACUGAACAAGUUAACCGCGUCUUUGAAGACGUACUUCGGAGCUACGCAACCUCGUUCAAGAACUGGAGUUCAUUCUUGCCCCUAGCUGAGUUUGCUGUGAAUAACGCCGAGCAUUUUUCGACGGGCAUGACUCCUUUCUUCGUUAACUUCGCUCGUCAUCCCCGCGUUCCGGCGAUGCUUGCCGUGGGUCAUCCCACGGAGUCCCGUGACUCCACUCUUGGUGGGGGAGAAGCUGUGGCUUCGGACACGACACCGGUCAACACGCCGGUGCCACAACGUGUAUCUCCGAGUGAAACCAUCGUGAACGCCGUGACGCGAGCUCAGAUGAAACAGUCGCUUACAUCACCGCGCAACGCGGUGUCCCUACUCGCCCAAUGGACGACGAUGACGCAGACUCCUCCUUACAGUCUUCCUCGCAACCUGUGA